CUAGUCAACGACGCCACUUGCUGGCUGCGUAUUGGAGCGCAACCCCAGCCCUGCCAGAGUUUCGCUUUGGACGUCAGCUGUCACACAGGUACUAAAAGAAACAUUUAAGUCUCUGUGCUUCAGACUACACUCCAGGAUCUGCUAUGGACCAACGCACACUAGCAAGAGGCAAAAGACUGGUCCAUUUGGAUUUAAAGGGAGCCCCUCCCAGAAUUAACUACCUGUAUGAGCUAAUCCAUCUUUUUGCUGAUCUUGGUGCAAAUGGCAUACUUGUUGAAUAUGAGGAUAUGUUUCCUUAUGAGAAAGAGCUGAAGGUUCUGCAGUCCAAAGUUCAUCCACCCUACAGUCGUGAAGAGAUCAUUUCCUUCCAAGAUAUUGCCUAUUCCAGAGGGUUGGAGAUCAUUCCCUUGGUGCAGACGUUUGGACACCUUGAAUUUGUCCUGAAACACAGCACCUUUGGAAAGCUGCGAGAGGUCCAUAACUGCCUGGGGACCCUGAAUCCACACAGCAAGCAAGCAAUAGCUCUUGUCCUAGAUAUGCUGCACCAAGUUAUGGAGGUCCACCCUAAAAGCACUGUGCUGCAUAUUGGAGCAGAUGAGGUGUACAUGCUGGGUCAAGGAGAGCAGUCUAAGGAGUGGUUAAGCAUUCCAGGUCACAGUAUUGACAAGCUCUUCCUCAGUCACAUCACUACAGUGGUAGAAGGGAUUCGGAGGAGUUACCCCAGCCUUAGUGUGAUAAUGUGGGAUGACAUGCUCCGGAGCAUGACUUCUGAUACCAUCAAAGAUAGUGGUCUUGUUGGACUGGUGCAGCCUAUGCUUUGGGACUACAGCCCUGUUCUGGAUGUGAACAACAGUAUUAUGCUGAUGGAGAAGUACAGGUCUGCUGGUUUGAUUCAGCAAUGGGUUGCCAGCUCUUUUAAAGGCUCAACCGUUGUACACACCUGUGUGACCAACACCCAGAGGCAUGUGGACAACCAUCUGCAGUGGUUAAAAGUGGCAUCUGGCCUUUCUUCUGAUAUUGAAUUACAGGGAAUUGCGCUCACUGGGUGGCAAAGAUAUGACCAUCUAUCAGUGUUGUGUGAACUGAUGCCUCUCGGCUUGCAUUCUCUUGCCUCAUGUCUACAGACUCUUCUGCAUGGAAGCUUUACUGAAGAGGCUCAAAAUAAGGUGAUGGAGGCUCUAGGCACCGGCACAACUGACGUAGGAGACAUUGUAAGGCUGUCUCAGGGAAACUCCCGCUCAUACACUGGGAUGAAACUAGCUGAAGUCGUUGUACAGCUAACAGCAAUGCUGGAGUCUCAAGAUGUCAGAUACUUUGAGAGUAGUAUGUAUGUAAGAGGCUGGUUUUCCCCCUACCACAGACAGAGAAAGAUCAUCAACCCACUUUUUGCAGAACAAAUUCAGAACCAGGCGAAAAUGUUCCUGGAAGCUGUAGAAAUCAAGGUGAAGGAAGUGAGGCAACAAAUGAUCCUGCUUUACCCAGACUCAACAGUGGAAGAAUGGAUUUCACAGCAUGUCACUCCAGUGUUGAAGCCACUACAGGAUUUACUGAUGGACAUUCACACUGCCCUGGAGGACAUGGGACUGUCUGUUAGUGACACUGCAGCUCUGUAGAGUGGACAUUGAGUUUUUCCUGAAUUAAAGCUUGAAUGUAGAGCUAAAUGUAAAGAAAAACACAAUGAAAUGCUUGUUUUUCUGCUCAAUGUUUUUUUGUAGAAUAUGUUAAUAAAUUUGUAUAUUAAAAGGCCUAAAUCCUCA